AAGCCUCGUCCCAAACGGGCUCGAACCCUAACCGCCACCACGUAAUUCCCAGAAAUUACCGAAAUGCCACUCUUCUUCUCCAAAUUCGCACAACUGGUCCCCCGCCUCCGCCGCCUCUCCACCGCGGCGGCGACCGCUGCCGGGGAGGAUCCUAAGCUGUUGCGGAUCGCCGACGAGCUCCUCGCCCUCUCCCCAGCCGAGCUGGACGACUACGCGGCGCUUCUGCGCCUCAAGCUCCGCCUCUCGCUCACCUCCAGCGCCGCUGCGGGAGCCUCUCCGGCCGGGUCCGGAGACGCCGCCUCGGGGGCCGCGGGCUCCGAGGAGGCAGCCGCGGUGAAGACGGCGUUCGACGUGAAGAUCGAGAAGUACGAGGCCGCGGCGAAGAUAAAGAUCAUCAAGGAGGUGCGCGCGGUGACGGACCUGGGGCUGAAGGAGGCGAAGGAGCUUGUGGAGAAGGCGCCCGUCGUUGUGCGCGCGGGCUUGCCCAAGGAGGAGGCCGAGGCGCUCGCCGCAAAGCUCAAGGCCGCCGGCGCUGCCGUCGCGCUCGAGUGAUGAUCCCGAGCGGAAGGUGCUGUUCAUAGUGUUCUUAGAUGAUGCAACGUACGCUUGCGGCUUGAUUUGUUUGGAUUGGAAUUCGAUGGGGUUGGAGCGGUCGUGUAGGGGUAUAAGAAGAUGCAUGUUUUUGCUUGCAUUGUUGUAGUUUCAAGCCUAAUCACUACUGAUAGAGACAUAGAGUGGUAGAUUUUUUCUGAAUCACACAAUAAGAUGUUCCUGUGCUACGCUCUGUUUUCCUGGCCUCGAUUGGUUUAGAAUAGCCCAUCUUGACUAGUUUGAGAGACAAACUGGUGCCAUUGUGUUUUGAGGAGAAAAAAUGAUGCAAUUGUUGUUAGCGUUACUGUAUAAGGUGACUAGAAUAUGCUAGUUUCAACUUUUUGUUGAUCUUGAGUGGUGCCCAAAUGGAAGGCCUCCAUUCUCUUUGUUAUGGUGCAUGUAACUAUUUUCUGAUCGUAUUGUUAAAGUUGAACCCCAUGUUUGAUCA